GAGCUGGUGGUCAUCAUGUCCUUUCCUAAGGCGCCCCUGAAGCGAUUCAAUGACCCUUCUGGUUGUGCACCAUCUCCAGGUGCUUAUGAUGUGAAAACUUCAGAAGUAUUGAAAGGACCAGUAUCCUUUCAGAAAUCACAAAGAUUUAAAAAACAAAAAGAAUCUCAACAAAAUCUUACUGUUGACAAAGAUACUACUUUGCCUGCUUCAGCAAGAAAAGUUAAGACUUUGGGAUUAAAGAAGGAAUCUCAAAAGAAUGAUAAAGACUUGAAGAUGUUGGAAAAAGAGAUUCGUGUCCUCCUGCAGGAGCGGGGUACUCAGGACAAGCGUCUCCAGGAUCUGGAAGCUGAGCUGGAGAAGAUGGAAGCAAAGCUCAGCGCUGCAGUCAGGGAGAAAACGUCUCUCUCUGCAAGCAACACUAUGCUGGAAAAGCAGCUUACUGAAUUAACCAGGACUAAUGAGCUACUCAAAUCUAAGUUUUCUGAAGAUGGUAACCAGAAGAACCUGAGAAUUCUAAGCCUUGAGCUGAUGAAGCUUAGAAACAAAAGAGAAACUAAGAUGAGGAGUAUGAUGGCCAAACAACAAGGCAUGGAGGUGAAACUGCAGGCCACCCAGAAGAAUCUGGAAGAGUCUCAAGGGAAAGUAGCACAGCUCGAGGGGAAACUUGUUUCAAUACAGAAAGAAAAGAUUGAUGAAAAAUCUGAAACGGAAAAACUCUUGGAAUACAUUGAAGAAAUAAGUUGUGCCUCAGAUCAAGUGGAAAAAUACAAGUUAGACAUUGCCCAGUUAGAAGAAAAUUUGAAAGAGAAGAAUUACGAAGUUUUAAGCCUUAAGCAGUCUCUUGAAGAAAAUAUUGUUACGUUGUCUGAACAAGUAAAAGACCUGAAUGCUAAAUGUCAGCUGCUUGAAAAAGAAAAAGAAGACCUCAUCAGCAGGGACAGAGAACGGGAUGAACAUCUGAAUUCUGAAAUGCAAAACUUAAAAGAGAAGUUAAUUCUUGAAAAACAAGAACAUGAAAAGGACUUACAACAAAAGGAGUUGCAAAUUGAUUCACUUCUGCAACAAGAGAAGGAGUUACAACAAAAGGAGUUGCAAAUUGAUUCACUUCUGCAACAAGAGAAGGAAUUAUCUUCUAGUCUUCAGCAGAAGCUCUGUUCUUUUCAAGAGGACAUGAUGAAAGAGAAGAAUCUAUUUGAGGAAGAAUUAAAGCAAGCUCUGGAUGAACUAGAUAAAUUACAGCAGAAGGAGGAAAAAUCUGAAAAGUUGGUCAAACAGCUGGAAGAAGAGACAAAAGCUAGAGCUGAAGAACUGAAACUUCUGGAAGAAAAGCUGAAGGGGAAAGAAGCUGAACUGGAGGGAAGUAGUGCUGCUCACACUCAGGCCACCCUGCUUUUGCAGGAAAGGUGUAACACUGCAGAGCAAAACCUUGGAGAUGUUACUGCUCAGUUCGAAAGCUAUAAAGCAUUAACAGCUAGUGAGAUAGAAGAUCUUAAGCUGGAGAACUCAUCACUUAAGGAAAAAGUGGCCAAGGCCGAGAAAAGUGCAGAGGAUGUUCAGCAUCAGAUAUUGGCAACUGAGAGCUCAAAUCAAGAAUAUGCAAGGAUGCUUCUAGAUCUGCAGACCAGAGCAGCACUUAAAGAAGCAGAAAUUAAAGAAAUCACAGUUUCUUCUCUCCAAAAAAUAAGUGAUUUGGAGAACCAGCUCAAGCAACAAGGUGAAGACUUUAAGAAGCAGCUGGAAGAGGAAGCAGCAAGAAAAGCUGGAAAAGAAAAUACAGUGGCAGAAUUAACUGAGGAAAUGAAUAAGUGGCGUCUCCUUUAUGAAGAGCUAUAUAAUAAAACAAAGCCUUUUCAGCUACAACUGGAUGCAUUUGAAGCAGAGAAACAGGCUUUGUUGAAUGAACAUGGUGCAGCUCAGGACCAACUAAAUAAACUAAGAGAUUCUUAUGCUAAAUUAUUGGGCCAUCAGAAUCUAAAGCAAAAAAUCAAGCAUGUUGUGAAAUUGAAAGAUGAAAAUAGCCAACUCAAAUCGGAGGUGUCAAAGCUCCGCUCUCAGCUUGCUAAAAUAAAGCAAAGUGAGAGAAACCUUCAGGAGGAGUUGAAUAAAGUUCUGGGCAUCAGACGCUUUGAUCCUUCAAAGGCUUUUCUUCAUGAAAGUAAAGAAAAUUUUGUUCUGAAAACCCCAUUAAAAGAAGGCAAUACAAACUGCUACUGAGCUCCUAUGGAGUUUCAAGAAUCAUGCAAGUAAAGAUCUGAAAAACCAAGUUGAAGAUUAUUUUAUUCUUAUUCUUGUUGCUGUUAUUGUCGCUGUUUGUAAUGGAUACUUUUAAAAUGUAUUUAAUAUUAACUUCCUAUUUUUAGGUAUCUGAAAGCAAGUUCAAUGUUUUUACCCAUAUGUCUUCUGACAUUUUAUUUUCUCUUGUUGGUACCUCCUCCCUGAUGUUCAUUUUCGUCACUUCAUUGUAAACCUUCUGCUUGGCUUUCCAGCUUUACAACUCAUCCCAGCAAUCAGCCUUCCUUUAAAAAUCACUUUUAUGUUAUUACUCCCCUAUUCUGAAACUAAAGGUGGUUUCAAGAUCCUAAUACCCAGUUUUUUAGUUUGAUCCUGGAUGGCUUUUCUGAUCUGAAUCUCUUAAGCUAAGACAAAAUACCUUGGCUUGUUCUUGCCUCUACAUUUAUUCUCCUAAAAAUGUUCAGUGUGUUUUACCCAUCACCCAUUUAUCCAGUUCAAGCAAGAAGUAAGGGCAUGCCUAAUUCCAUAGUCAUCUCUUAUCAGAGUCACUGAGCUGGUCAAUAAUUUGCAGAUUUCUAGACUCUAUCCCAGUCCUACUAAAUUAAAAUCUGAGUUUUGGGAUGAAACAAAUCUGCAUUUGAAACAAACUCUGCAGUUAAUUCUUAAAUGCAUAAAAACCUGAGAAACACUAAAAAUCUGAAAUAACUUUUUUUAUUUUGAGAGGCUGUUUUUUAAAGCUGGGAACAGUGAAAUAAGGAAGGGUUUAGGACAGAAGAAACAACAGGAGAGCCUCGGCAGGGCUGCUCUGGCUCAUUGAGAAGUCAGAGGAGAGGGGCCCUUGGGGACAGGUACAGGGGGUUAGCCCAGGACGAGUUGUUGCUGCCCACUCUCCCCUGGUUGCAAGUUUCAUGGGGACCCUUAGAGUUUAGGAGAUGUAGGCCUGUGUGAAGAACAGGGGGAAGGGAAAGGCACCAGCAUGCUCCUAGGAGGGGGAGAGCACUUGUCUAAAUAGAGUUUUUCUUCUAUUGCUUGGCAUCGGCCUGACUACUGGAUGAUGGAUUAGUAUUUCUGAAAUGUGAAAUAAAGAUCACACAGUAAGUCAUUAA